CCCCGGGGUCGCGGCAUUUAUCCGCUGUCAUGGAAGGAAAGUACGUCUCGCAGAAGAUCAGCCGGGUCCGCUGGCGGCCGGCGUCCGGCUCCAGUCUGCAGCUUCCCGAAUGCUUCGCCACCGGAUCAUGGGACGCUGAGCAGAACAAAGUGUGCCUUUGGAAAACAGUUGAUAUGGAAGGCACUGAAACAGAUCAGCUAUUCAUGGAGGACACUAAGCCCUUAUGUGAAAUCAACCACAAUGGUGAUGUCAUGGAUCUACAGUUUCUGGAUCAGGAGAGGAUUGUCACCGCUUCCUCUACAGGGAGUGUCAUUGUAUUCCGUCAUCAUGUGAACAACCAGGCACUCUCUGUACUCCAGCACUGGGACCAUGCCCACUAUCAUUCCCAUGAUAGCGCUCCCUGUACCAGCCUGGUCUGUAAUGGCCCUGAGAUCAUCACCGUCGGGGAGGAUGGCCGGAUCAACCAUUUCCAAGCUGACCAAAAGGAACCGGUGCGGACCAUAGACAAUGCUGACAGCAGUUCACUCAAUGCAGUCACUUUCCUGCGAACUACAGAAAUUUUGACAGUCAACUCAAUCGGACAGUUGAAAAUCUGGGACUUCAGACAGCCGGGAAAUAAACCCCGUCAAAUAUAUUCUUUGACAGGUGACCGAGUGCCGCUGCACUGUGUAGACAGACAUCCAAACCAGCAGCACAUAGUGGCGACAGGUGGUCAGGAUGGAACAUUCUGUAUCUGGGAUGUCAGGCAAGGAAGUAUACCCAUCUCCUUACUGGAUGCCCAUUCUGCAGAAAUGUGGGAAGUUCAUUUUCAUCCCUCCAACCCUGAUCAUGUGUUUACCUGCUCUGAGGACGGAUCACUGUGGCAUUGGAAUGCUUCUGUUAUGGCUCCUGAUCUGCCUUCCUUUCUUCAACACGGUAGAAGAAACUUCUCAUUGAAUGGCACAGUUCCCCAUGCCAACUCAAACCAAUCAUUGAGCAGUGCAUGGCUCACCAUGGAUGCUGCAAAAGGAAGAGUGGAUAUCGAUAACCUGCUGUCAGCUUAUACCCUGUCGGUGAAUAGCUUGGAUGUUGUGGGAGAAUAUUUAGUAUGUGGGACAGAUGCAGAAGCUGUCUACAUUACUCAUAAUCUGGAGCUCUAAUAGGAGGCAAACUACACAGCAGACUUUUAUAAACCUCAAAUGUAAAUUCCUGUACAUGUACCAUUGUUCUUAAAACUAAAAACUUGCCAGCCUUUGAGUGCAGCACAAUGGCAAGCACACUUGGAUAACAUUUUUUUUUAAAGUAAUAAAGUACAACAAUCAAA